AUCUGUAAUAUAACUUAUACCCACUAUGGACAUAAAUCUUUUAAUAACGAACGAAAUUGAGGAUCUACCAAAGCGUUAUGCUAGCGUAUACUCCAGUCAAGGUCUACACGGUGCAUCUGAAUUCGUCGACAGUUUAAACGAUCUGAUCACGAUAGCCAGUCUAUCUAACCAAGCUGGUACUCUGACGCCGACUACAAAGGCAAGAAUAAAAGAGAGUCUGGUGGAAUGCUUGAAUUUGGAUAUACCGCUCUUACAAAUAGAGAGGUGCUGGGAUACUGCUGUUAAUAACAAUAUCAUUUCUUGAUUUUCUCUUUUUGCUCUUGUACACACACCAUGACCUCUG